AUGUCCAUUGCAACUUUUCUGGAUGACAAGAGAAUAGUGACUGGAUCGCCCGACAAGACAAUACGGAUAUGGAGGCUUGAGAACGGCGCAGAGAUGAUGAAGUGGGCGGUAAAGCAGUGCAUCAUCGCGCUUAUAAUCUUGGAAAAUGGGAAACAGGUUGUCAGUGCGGAGGGAGAGUUCCCAGAUGAUUUGGAUGAAGACGAUUUUGAUGCGAAUAUUGUGUUGUGUUGGCAGUUAUGGGUACGUGAUGUUGAAAGUGGGAGGGUUGUCGCAGGUCCCUUGGAAGCGGGUCAUUUGAUCGCAGUCAUUUUAUGGGACACUAGCACCUGGCAGAAGAAAGGUCAUCCUCUCUUGUGUGGCUCACCUGUCGGCUGCAUCCGAUUUUCUCCGACCGGUCAACUCGGAGUUAGUACCGAUGAAGAUAUCCAAAUAUGGGACUUGGACCAAAGGAAGCGUCUUGCUCGAUUUAAGAGCCACCAUGACUUCAACGAUGCAUGCAACUACUCGCUCACCUGGACUCGUGAUGGCGCGCAUCUCCUCUCAGCAGGUAGUAAAGAGGAUCCUGUCAUUCGUUCAUGGGACACAUCUACCUGGAAACAGGCCGGUGAUCCCUGGAUUGGCCAUGACGAAGACGAGCCUGUCAACCAUAUCAUAUUCAACCCAGCGGGCACCAUUCUCGCAUCAGCAUCUGAUGACUGCACUGUUCGAUUGUGGCAAUUUCCCACAGGCACAGAACUCGCCCAAUUUAAGCACUCAGAUCUAGUGUUUCAUGUUGCAUUCUCAGCGGAUGGAUGCUCUAUAUUCAGUGGUGGCUACGACAACAAAAUCUCGCAAUUGGAGAUACCUGAGGAUGUGCUCAUAGCAGCGGAAAUUGAUGCUCCGGCCAGCGUGAAGAAUGAGGCUGCUCUCCGCAAACAAAAGGCGAAACGCCUGUUUAAUUCGGAGCUUCCCGGCCAGCGGCGAAAUAAGCCGGCGACCUACCAGCCCUUCGACACAUCUCAGGGAUGGGAUACUCACUCUGCAUCACCAUUCGCUCAUGGGGGACGCCCUUCAUCUUCUCGCUUACCCGAUCUCAAGACCUUUUUCGAUGGCAUCCGGCCGUCAUCUGACAAGGAGGGGAAGCAAAAGGAGCGCCGGCCAAAACGAAAUGCUCUCAAAGUCGUUGAUGUUCCUCUCGGAACAGCAUCACCUGGCGAUGUUGUUGGUGUGGAUGACGGAAUACGACCAUACGUACUCUUCUUUUACCUCAGCUGGUUCCAGAAGAAGAAGCCGGAUCCACCACGACCAGUCUAUGAUGAUGAACUCGAUGACGACGAAUCUGACCAUGCUGUUCUUGAUGUUCCUAUACCUACUACACGGACCCAAAUCGACACCGCCAAAAAAAUCAAAUUGACACCAAUGUCUUUUUUCCAAUCACAGCCGGAAGCGGGACCAUCUCGCCUUGCACCUCCAGUUGACAUAGACGCUGUUGAUGUCCCGAUACCUAUCACCAGAAUCGUCCAGCACAAAGAAAUGGAAUUGAAACCGAUUGCUAGUCAGUCACAGGCAGAGGGAGGACCGUCCCGCCUUGUAGGCCUCGAAGACCAUGCAGGAGAACGGUCUUCAUAG